CCUGGUAUGUGGUUUUAGAGGUUCUCUUUUACUAGUUGUGGAAACUACUUUUGGGGGAGGGCGUUUUCUCCAUAUACUUAAUUUCUACUCAAUAUAUUUCCAUACCUCUUCAAAUGUGUAAUAAGAAUUGCAAAAUGCAAUACUUAGUCAUUUGGUGCUCCUCAGUCAGUAUGCAUUAAGAUGCAACCAGAUGGGGAAUAAAAAGAUAUGGAAGACUCUUUUCUUAAAGAAGCUUAAUAUUUAAUAACUCCUACUGUGAACUACGAAUACUUUCUGUGUUUAGUUUACCUCUUACAACCACCCUGCAAGGCAGAUAUUGCUCUUCCAAAUUUAAGAGGUAAAUGUUGAGGUGUAUAGGUCAUUGGCCAAGAACACACAAGUACAAAGUGGCAGGCUGUGGGUUGGUCUUCAAAAUCCGCGCUCAUUUCAUUACUCCCAGCUCAUUCUAAUAAACCCGGCAGAAUCUCAAAGUUAUUUCCAAAUAAUUAAUGCUCCCCCUCGAUCAGGCAGUCCAUGGCAUUUUUCAACAAGUCAGAAAAUCUUGGAGAAGAUAAGGGGUUUCCCCCUCUCUAGGUCCCUUGGAUGUGGCCGCUGUGGACCCAGAACGCAUCCUUUCUGAUCCGAUAUCUUUCUUGCCACCCUGGCCAGAGGGUCAAGGUCUUUUCCUUAUGGUUGGGAGCCCCAGUAAACUGCCCAUUCUCUACUUCUUUCCCAAGGAAAGAUGACCCAAAGGCGACCUGACUCCUCUCCUCCACCGAACUGCCAUUCUGUGAGCGGCCGCCAGGGGAUCCCCGCUCUGCGCCCCCGCGCAGCUGCCGCGCGUUGAGUGCGUGUGGGGGCUACUUUGGAGUCGCGGCGGCUGCAGCUGGAGCCCCGCGCUCGCUCGCCCGCGCGCUGGUUGGGCCCGGAGCCCCUCUCGUGGAUCCACCGGAGUCGCCCCUCCUACCCCGAGCUCGCGCUCUUCCUCUCGCAGUCGCUGCAGCUGACCCGGCGCAGGAAGCCGACAGGGCCCCGGGCUGAAGGUAAAACCCCACGGGAGAAACAUGAGGUUCCCCUGGAAAUCACUCAAGAAGAAGAUGUAAGGGGCCGUUUAAAAUAGAUUCAAAACUACGGGCCGCAAGACUGGGGCCAGAGGGCUGGCAGUGGAAAACCCUGCUGGGUUGUGAUCUCUCGUUGAGAAGUUCCAGGUGCCUUUUUGCUUCCUGCAAAACAAAGGAAGAAAAGAAGACCAUGUCCAUUGCCCUGAAGCAGGUGUUCAACAAGGACAAGACCUUCCGGCCCAAGAGGAAAUUUGAACCUGGCACACAGAGGUUUGAGCUCCACAAACGGGCCCAAGCAUCCCUCAACUCGGGCGUGGACCUGAAGGCAGCCGUGCAGCUGCCCAGCGGGGAGGACCAGAAUGACUGGGUGGCCGUGCAUGUGGUAGACUUCUUCAAUCGGAUCAACCUCAUCUACGGCACCAUCUGUGAAUUCUGCACUGAGCGGACCUGCCCUGUGAUGUCAGGGGGCCCCAAAUACGAGUAUCGGUGGCAGGAUGACCUCAAGUACAAGAAGCCGACUGCACUGCCAGCUCCCCAGUACAUGAACCUUCUUAUGGAUUGGAUUGAGGUCCAGAUCAACAACGAGGAUAUAUUUCCAACAUGCGUGGGUGUGCCCUUCCCAAAGAAUUUCCUUCAGAUCUGCAAGAAGAUCCUGUGCCGCCUCUUCCGGGUCUUCGUCCACGUGUACAUUCACCAUUUCGACCGGGUCAUCGUGAUGGGUGCAGAGGCCCAUGUCAACACCUGCUACAAACACUUCUAUUACUUCGUCACAGAGAUGAACCUCAUAGACCGCAAGGAGCUUGAGCCCUUGAAAGAGAUGACGAGCAGGAUGUGUCACUAACGCCCCAUCUUACCCUUCGGAAGAAAGAGGAAAGCUGUUUGCUCCUGGAGUCCCGGGUGGACAGGAGGGAGACCUCCCUGGCUGAAGUGGCUCACCCACUUCCAGGAACAGCAAGGUGGAGACAAGCGGUGACUCCUGAGAGACGUUCCCCACUCACUUCGUAUGCUCUUAACCCUGAGUGCUGCUAGCCACAACCUGUGGACCUGGCCGACCACGGCGUGAGAGAAGGACUGCCCCUCGCCCCUCCUGGCUUGGGAGGAAGCCUCCUAAGUGUGUCGCCGUUCUGCCUGGGACCUGCCGCCCAAGCUUUACUAGAAUUCAGGUUUUGAGACUGAGAUACUGUUUGUACUUUUCCACUUACCUGUCUUGUCAGCUGGCCAACUUUUCUGUACCUGUUUUCUAAGAACCCAAUUCAUUUUGGAACUCUGGAUGCGCAGAACGUUUUUCUACAACAAGCCCUCCUUUCAGGUCCCUGAAAGCUCCCAGCCUGAUCCUGUGGCCUAACUUCGUGCAGGACUGUGGAGCUGUGAGAGACCUGAGGCCCCACCGCAGCUUCAACACCAUUCCUCUAAUAGGCAUUUUUAUCAGGGACACCUCACCGGGUGGCUCGUCUCUGCCCCCAACAGGGUCUGCACACUAACUACAGGGAGCAGACUGGCUGUUGCCAGUUCACCCUGAACCGAAUGUGUUUUUUGUAACCACACCAUUCCCUAUCUCUUCCACUCAAGAUUUUCUUUUUCCUGUUUCCCAGAAGAGAGAAAUAAAAGGAAGUUGUAAAUGAC